CCCGCGGCGGCGGCUGAGGCAGCGGCGGCGGAGGCAGAGGGUGAGAAGAUGGCGGAUGGCGAUAGCGGCAGUGAGAGAGGCGGCAGCGGUGGGGGCGGCGGGCCCGGUGGCUGCGGUUUCCAGCCCGUGUCCCGCGGCGGCGGCGAGCAGGAAACCCAGGAGCUGGCCUCGAAGCGCCUCGACAUACAGAACAAGCGCUUUUAUCUGGACGUGAAGCAAAACGCCAAAGGCCGCUUCCUGAAGAUCGCCGAGGUGGGCGCUGGAGGCUCGAAAAGUCGUCUCACCCUCUCUAUGGCCGUUGCCGCCGAGUUCCGCGACUACCUAGGGGACUUCAUCGAACACUACGCGCAGCUAGGACCCAGCAGUCCCGAGCAGAUCGCAGCGGCGGCGAGCGCCGAGGACGGCGGCGGGCCCCGGCGGGCGCUUAAGAGCGAGUUUCUGGUACGGGAGAACCGCAAGUAUUACCUGGACCUCAAGGAGAACCAGCGCGGCCGCUUCUUGCGCAUCCGCCAGACCAUCAACCGCAUUGGGGGCAGCGGCGGGUUUAGCGGGGGCCCAGGUCCUGGGGGCCUACAGAGCGGCCAGACCAUCGCCCUGCCCGCCCAGGGCCUUAUCGAGUUCCGCGACGCGCUGGCCAAGCUCAUUGACGACUACGGAGGCGAGGAGGAGGAGCUGGCCGGGGGCCCGGGAGGCGGCGGCGGGGGACCUGGAGGGGGCCUCUACGGGGAGCUCCCGGAAGGCACCUCCAUCACUGUGGACUCGAAGCGCUUCUUUUUCGACGUGGGCUGCAACAAGUACGGGGUGUUUCUGCGAGUGAGUGAGGUGAAGCCGUCCUACCGCAAUGCCAUCACCGUCCCCUUCAAAGCCUGGGGCAAGUUCGGAGGCGCCUUUUGCCGGUAUGCGGAUGAGAUGAAAGAAAUUCAGGAGCGGCAGAGGGAUAAGCUUUAUGAAAGACGUGGUGGGGGCAGCGGCGGUGGAGAUGAGUCUGAAGGCGAGGAGGUGGAUGAGGAUUGAAACCAGCAGCUUCUCCUACAGGCUUCCCUCACUCCACCAACAUCCCCUUGUCUAGAGAGCUCUUUUUCCUGCUUCUCUCCAAAUAAGAGUGGAGGAGGAGCAAGGGAGGCAUCAGAGGGAGAAAACAAAAUAAAAUAGUUAUCACAGACAAUUAGAAAAGAGCAGUAAAGUUCCAAGGGACUGACAGCAACCUGCAGAGAGAGGACAGCAGCAUCUCCUCCCCUGAACAAAAUAGUCUCAGCUUCUGUUUUUUUUUUCCCAACUGAGGUUCCUAAAUCCCCCAGGGAUAACCCUGGAGGGGUAGAUCCUUACACAUGGUGGGCCAAGAAACAUAUUGGAGUUACCCAGACCGACUGAUGACAGUUGAGUUUGUAUUGUACCUGGGUAAUUUGGUUGAAAAAAAUCUUUCCAGACCUUGCUGUUAGUGUCUAUCCUUCACCUCCAUUGAAAUCAGCAUUUUGGAUCUAGGUCUUCAUGAAAUUUUUGAGAGAAGUCUCUGCAGUUACCCAGUUCUGAGAGUACAGGUUUUAUUAAAAAGGAAUACAACUUUAAAUAAUUAUGGGCAGGGCAAAAUAAGAAUUCCAAAUGCCAUUGGAGGAUACAGAAGCAAAUUGGAUCCAUUUUUAAGGUUUUGGAUGGAACCUGGACCAAGGCCCAUGUCUUUUCUUUGCAGAUUUUCUGGAUGCAAAUAAUUCAGACAUCAAUGCUUAAACUAGAAUCUAUUACUAAAAUAGUUUAAAAGUUGGCAAAACAUUCUGAAGAAAAAAACAUUGGGGGUUGCUGAGGUAGGCACAAGAAGAAAUAGGGCAUAAAGCACAAGGAACACACUGAGUGGAUUGGUUGCUGCUCACUAAAGUUCUUCCCCUGAUCUCCAAAUACGGAGGUCAUUACCAAGAAAUGGCUUACAUAUGGAUGAGAGCCAGUUCCCUAUGGAGCCACUGAAUUAUGGAUAAUUCGGCUGUUUCGGCCUCUGGUUGGCUGAAUUUUAAACGAUAAAACUUGAAGAUUUCUACAGAAGUUUUAACAGUGUGGCUACAAGCGUGAGCUUUAAUAGAAUGUACAGCCUAACAGAAAAGUUGGAAAUAAAAACUGAAGUCUUCAUUUAUCUUCAGUUUAAUCUGUGGACUUGUUCAAAUACUAAAGAGCCUCAGGUCCAGAAUUCCAGCAUCAUUUAUACUUUUAAAAAUUUUAAGAACUUGAUCCAUUAUAUCAGUACCUCAUAAUCAGUUGGCAAAAGAUGGAUGAAUGAUUCAAAGCAGCAAGCAUGAUGGAAGCUGAAAUCCAUCUCUAAAUGGAGCUGAAGUGAACAUGAAUAUGCUGACUAUGUCCUGGAAGCAUUUUUAUACCACCUUGAAAUUUCAACAAACCGGCUUUUGCCAGUUUAUCCAGCUGUCUUUCAGGAAUAAAAAUUGGGGUUUUCAAGGAUCGCCUCCUCUAUAUUUUAAGUGGAUUCUCAGUAGAAAUGAUUUUUACUAAUCAAGUUAAUCCCACCCCUAUCAAAAGAUAUCCUUAGAAAUGUUAUAUAGUUACGUCACUUUGAACUGAAUGGGCUCUAACAUUCUUUCCAAAGUUUUCAGGUAUUAAUACUUGUGCGACACCUUCUCGCCCAGGAGGCAAGUAACCCCACCUCCUUAAUCUUACUUUUUUUAACUGCAUGCCUGCCCUUUAUUUGAGCUGCCGUUUUAAUUUAUUGCAUACCCUUUUUAUUAUCUUACUUUGGUAGUAUUCAAUCUAUGCGAUCUUUGUAUUUAUUGGGAAAUAAGUAAUAUACAGAAAGGUCAUUUUCAUGCAUUUGUGGCUGAGAGAGGGAACUAAUAGUGUACAUAAAAUUAUGCUUUUUAAAAAUCAGACUGUGAUCCAGAAUAUUGUCAAUCUUAGAUUAAAAAAAAAAAAACACAGGAGCCACAAACAUUGGUGCCCUUUUCAGACUUUCUCUACUUACCAUCCACAGUAGACUUUUUAAACAUUUUUUUAAACUUUUCUUUUUUAAAAAAUUUUUUCUCCGUUGCAAAGAAUGUUUCCUAAAUUGUAUGGGAGCAAUAGUAUUUUUGAUGUUUUAAUUACAUCCCUCUACUUGUACUGUAUUUUGUACUACAAGGCAGCUGUUUUCAAUAAUGUCCUGCUGUAUUUACCUAUGUGUUUUGUUUGAGUGUUUCUUUGCUGCGGAGAACAAAUCCCUAAAUAGUUUUAGUAAAGUUGCUGAGAAGUUAGCAUUAGGUUUGCAGAAACUGUUUAUGUGUCAAAGUUUUGAGGCAGCAAUGAAAUUAAGGUUGCAGCUAUUAGUUGAUGGCUGUAACUUUGUUUCCAAACCAUGUACGAUUCCUGUAUGACCCACUUGUUUUCUUGCUUCAGUGGUGGUUCUGUUGCUCAGCUGCAGUGAGCCAGUUCAACUUGCAGAGGUGCAGUACCUCUCCUUUUCAAGGGGUUGGCUUAUUCUGUUUUCUUUUUUUUUGGCUGAAUUGCAGUAACUAGCCUUGCCUUUUCUAGUCUGUAGAAAUGACAGGGUCUUCACAAUCCUUCACCAGUGGCUACUAAGCUAUAAUUAGCAGAAUAGAAAGAAUGUGGAAGUUGUCUGAGGCAUAUAAAGUAUAUGCCAAGAACACUACCAUAUAUGGCAUCAGCUUUGGUUACCAGAGGAAUUUUCUUAGUCAUUAGACCAUAUAACAGUAAUAUAUCAUAUGUAAAUCUUUAGAUGUCAAUUUGAUAAUCCUCCAAAAAAAAGGAGCAAAGAAUGCAUAAGCUAUGUGUUGGAAAAGUAAUUUAUAUUAAAAUUUUGACCUGCCUGUGUAGGAUUAAGCAGUAAAUGUCAUAGUGGUGGGUUUUCAAGUCUUAACCAAUCUUGAAGAUUUGUUUCUCCUGCAGUUCCUGGCCUCUUCCCACUGCAGGAAGACUGCAUAGGGUGUAGGUUAACUGUAGCAUUUCACUGAUCCUCAUUCCAGUUACUGGGACAAUAGAAAUCUGUAAGGCACAGAGACUGGAGGCCAUCUUUCGGAACUCAUUCAUAAAUAUUAGUUUAUUAAAAAUAAAUGGUCUUUGUUAAAUCCAGUACAGACUAUGGAAAACCACCUUUUUUUUUUUCAGCCACUGCUAUGAACUGUGAAUUAGGGCAUGCUUUUUAAACUUUGGCAAGCAUCCCAGCUAAUCACAUGUUCAAAAUAGUCAUAUUCCUGAGAAGUAGGAAUCAAAAUUUCUUUUCAAAUAACUGGUGGAAGGUUUGUUGCUCAAACUACUACAGUUACAGGGCUAAGAAGUCAAAUCUUAGGAACAGAAUCAAAAAAGCAAAAAACUGUAAAGAGAUCCUAAUGUUCCUUUCUGGUUUCUGUCGUCCCUACCAACCAUUCAGCAAGUGGAACUGUGGCAGUUCUGGUCAGCAAACUUCAGUGCAUCUGCUGUGCAAAACAAAGUGUAAAUCUGUAUGGCACCAAAAAUCAAAGUGAAAACCAAACCAAAAACCAGACACCCUAUGUAAAUAAUGGAGGCAUGUAGGCGGUAUAAAUGACUGUAGCUGCAGUACACAUGUGGCUACUCGUCAAGUCACUUUCCAUAAUUAUUUACUGCAAAAUGAUUGAGAGGCUCUGGGUGCAGGCAGCCAUUAACCUCCUGCUUCCUUUGUUAACUCGGGAUCACUUUGCAAUAAAUUGCAGGUCUUGUAAAAGAUUCAGGCUUCUGUUCUCAAAACAAAACAAUUAUCCUGUCUUAUCUGAAAAUGCAGGGUUGUGGGCAAAAGAGGCUGGUUAUAAUAAAGCCCUCAUAUUGAGUGGUCUGUAAAUGGCUGCACAUUUCAGGCACUAUAAUUGCUAAGGACGCUUUUGUUAAAUGUGACCUUUCUGGCUUUACAGACGUGUAGAAUGUGAUCUACACCAGGUAUUCAAAGGUGAUUGUUUUCAUCUACCUUGCUGUGGAGGUAGAUGAAAUUAAGAAGCUUGAGUGUGUAAGCCGUGCACAUAAAUAUUCUUCAGUGUAAAUCUUGUUUUCAUUUCUGACCCAGUUAUGGUACUUUGUCCAGUGCACAACUGAUCUCUCAGUAGAUAUUCAUUUGAAAAUAGUGUGGCCUUGAUCAGUGAGAAGGGGAAGAAGAGAAGUGACUUUUGCUUAUGUAAAAAUGACUCAUUUGCUGAGAGUCAUAUUUCUGCAGCACUCUUCGUAUCUAAUGUGUUUGUGAUGGGUCUCCGUUUCGAUUGGGGAGCGUUAAUGCUUUUGACCGUAUAGUUAUUAAUUCAGUUGAGUUGUCUUCUAUUUUUAGGAAGUAUCAGAACUGCUCUGAUGAGUAACAGUUGACUGCUUUGAUGUCCAAUCUCAGGUUUUAGAAUGUAGUGGAUUUAAAGUCCAGUGUUAAUCCUUAAAACAGUUUUAAUUCAGUACACCCUAAAAGUCAUAUGCAUAAGGUCUGUUCAGAGAGCAGAGCCUUUGUGUUUUUGCUCCUUUUUCACUUCACUUGAAAAAGCGUCAAGUGAUUUUACAUUGUAUAUUUCCAUUUUAACUCUGGCAUAUUUCUCAAAGAUAAAGCACUUUUUGAUCAUGAAAUAUAUGGAAUCUUUGUGUGAUGUGGAUCAUGGUUUCUCAGGCUCCCCUAGCUAAUCUGCUUAUGAAUAUUGUUCAAACUUUGUGUAAAAAGAGUGGAAAUCUUUGCUGAUGUUAGAAAGUUUGUAUUAUUGAUCCAGAACUCAUUUUGCUAGCUUCCAAUGGAUGGGAGAGUAAACGAUGCUGCAUUCACAACUUAAUAAAUUACUUUCCCUCCAGCCUUAAGGUAACUUUUUUUUCUGUCAACAAUAGCACUGAAGUUGUAGUAAGUGAAUGAGAUUAUCCGUUUUCAGGGUUGGUUUUAGAGUACUGUAAAUCAAUAGCUGUCUUCCUAAAGAGUUACUAUUCCCAUUGAAUAAACUGGAUAAUGGGUAUGUGGGUGGGGCUGGGAAGGGGAGGGAGAUAGUUUGUAGAAAACAAAACAACAAAAAAAGAACCACAUAUACCUUAAAAAAUAGGCAAAAAAGUAAAAGGGGCAUGUUAUAUGUCCUAUUUGGAAAUCCAGAUAUAAGGUGGAAAUGGCAAAUUAUAACUUCAUUUCCAUUGUUUUUAACCUAGAAAAAUAAAGUCAUUAAUUUUCAGAUGUUAGCCCCCCAGAAGUUUCAAGAGAUAGCCAGACUUUUGGUUAGUUAUAUUAAUAUUUCAAACUCUGCUAUUUGCUCAUUUCUUUGCCCAUGAGUUUAAAGGACUGACUUCAGCAAAUGUAGUCUAAUUGUCAGUACAGAAAAGCAAAUUUGGAAAAUGAAAAAAUAAAACUUUCAUAAAGACUUCUUACCCUAGUGAUACCCAAUUGAUAUCCAAGAAGGACCUUUAUGAAUGUAAUUUUCUAUUUCCUAAUGAAAUAGGGAAUGUGUAUCAGUUAUCACCAUUACCCACAAUCUGUUGCUUUUCAUUUGAAAAUCUAACUUACACCUCUUGAAUUAGACAUUGCAAUUGGGAUAGAUAAAAUUGUAUUAAAACGGGCAAACGCCAUAGUGGUAGUUUCGCUGCUCAGUAGGACUUCUAAUAAGGGGAAGGCAGAGUGGUGAAAUGGGGAAGCAAAAAAAAAGUUUUCAGUUUUUUUCAUAGGUGAUUCUAACAAGCAGUUUAAUGAAAGAAUAUGACUUCUUUUAAGGAACAUGGUAAUUUGGGUCUGGGGAAAAUAUUCAUUUUUCCCAUUCCAGCCAAUAUCCAUUGACAUGGAUAAGAGAGGACUGACUAUAUCUUUGUAGCAUGGUUAAAUGUGAAAUGUGGCUUCAUAAUAUUGGAAAGAAAGCAAUAGACCAAUUUAGUUCAGUGUCCACUAGCAUAUCAAGGAAGGCAUGAAUUGGUCCCUUUUUUUCCCUACGUAUCUCUUCAAAGGCUAACUUGAGAAAAUUGAUGUAGACUUUAUUUCUUAAAGUCAAACUAUUUUGUCCCUAGUUUUACUCCGGUGUUGAAAUAUUGGGAUGGUUAGAAAAAUCUUUAUAGUUGGAAAUAGAAUGGCAAGUGGUUUUUCUUUUUAAGUAUCCUUUUCAGAAAAAUGUAACUGCAGAAAGAGUCCCAAGAAAAGUGAAAACCAGGAUUAUGUAUCACUAGGCUUAUUUGUGUUAUAGGAAUUGGAGGGUUUUACUUUGAAUUGAUAAGAGUAUUGGACAUAAGUCCUUUUCUCCCAGCCAUAUGUCAGCCCUGUGUACAGCAGCUCUCCAGGAGUGAACAGACUGAACAAAAAGUCUAGAAACUGACUUUAAGUCAGUACAGGGCAUGUUACAGUAGCAGACAAGUGUAUUUGAGUGAAUUUUUAAAUGAUUUACCAACAUCUGAAUAGUAACUAAGACUAUCAACGUAUUUGGACUUCUUUUUUCUAAAGUUCCAGAACAAUUGUAGUAGUAGGGAUUUAGUCUUCCUUUUGGACCUUUAUGCAGACGUUUUUCUACGAUAGUUUUAAAAAUCUGUCUUCUUAUAAGUUUCCAGAUAACACACUUUCCAUUGUGUAGGAACCUUCACUGCCAACCAUAUCUCCUAGUGGCUUCCUUAGAUUCUUCACUCCAAAGCUGGGACUGAUGUCCUGCCAGUGUAGAAUCUACAGAAGUAAUCUGAAUGAACUAAAACCAAAUCUCGAUAGCAGGAGACAGCUUCCUCAUCUAUGGAGGUUAGAGUUUAGGUUGGAAAUAACUUGAAAGGGGUUUGGUUUUUUUUUUUUGUCUUUUGUCUUCAGUCUAUGUGUAAAUAUCCACAUGCCUGUGCAUUGUAAACGAAUCGUGUAUUCAUAUGUAUGAAUUUGUAGAACUUGUUUCUGCUUCAAGAGAAGCAAUACCUUUAAUUUUAUAAGGUCCCUUCCACCAGUAACCCUAUAAAUGUUUGUAAAUAGAACACUAAAAUUUGUAGUGAUAUGAUCAAUUUGGGAAUAUCUGCUGAGAGACCAAAAAGUUCAUUUUUUAAGUACCUUGGUUAAGGAGUAAAGAUUGUUCCUCUUAUUUUUUAAAAGAAGAAUGCACUUUAACAAACAGAGCCGUGUGGGCAAUUCAAACAAAUAGGUGCAGUACCCAUUCAGAAAUCACUUCCUAGAAACAGUUCAAAAGCAGAGUCCAGACGGGCUGUUUAUCUCACUGCCUGUAGGUUGAAGCUCAGAUACUGAUUAAUUUUGAGACAAGCAGUGCUGCUUCAAAAGAGCAAUGUGAAUACAGCCAGAAGCUUCAGACAGGUCUGUAAAAUGGCGGGUCCCGUAUUUACCACUAACUAGCAAAACUGACAGAAAAAGUCAUAGAGAAAAAAAGUUUAAGAAUCCUUCCUGCUGGUGUGCACUCCUUAUAAUAGACUUUUGCAAAUGGAGUUUUACAGUCUAUAUUUAAAAAAUUGUAUGUUUGUAACAAAUAAAGUAUGCGGAAAAGUGAAUGACAA